UAGUUAUUAGAACUAGCUCAGCUCGCUCCCUUCUCGACACUGAAUGAAACAAUGACGGAUAGAAGAGGUUCCAAUACAAAGAUAUCCCUUCUCCUAUCUAUCAGUUUACUUCUAUUGAUUGGAUCCCAACAUGUAGCAAGUAAUGAUACUUUAGGCACAUUCAAUCUUACUUGUGGCUUGGAUAGUGACACAUGUGAACGGCAAAUCUAUUUUGAAUAUAAUGGCACAAUCUGUAUUCAACCUUGCCUUUCUUGCAAAUUUGACAUAAAUAACUGUAGUGAUAGUAACUGCUGCAAUAGAGUUAGAGUUGGAUUAUGCAAUUUUCAGUCAAGUUGUGGUAAUGACGAGAGUAUGGAAAGAUGUGAAAAAACUUUGACUAUUACUGAAAGAACAAAUGAUCCAAAUAUGUUUGAUAUAGUCAUUGUUGAUGGAACCAAUACUUACCAUACAAAUGCUAGCUUUGCUGAUAAUGUUAUUACAAGUAAUAAUACAGUGGAUUGCCCUGAUCCAGUAAUAAGUAGUAGUUCAAUUAUAACACAACCAACGAUGAUUAUAAGUUCAAGUGCUAUCACUGAACCAGCCACCACUUCUGAUGGAGCAACUAGUACAUCAUCAGUCACUUCAUCAACCCCUUCUCCUUCUCCUACUCAGUCAUCUACUAUCCCAACUGCUGCUUACAUUGCAAUUGGAGGAUUAGCUGUAUUUGCUGUCCUUUGUAUAGCUAUUUUUGUCUUCAUUGCUAUUGUAUGCUUUCUUAAGCAAAGAAAGAAACGACGUAAUUCUUAUGAAAUGCGAAACAGAGCCACUAGUCAUACAUAUGUUACAUCUCAGCCAUAUAGAAUUAGCACUAAGCAGCAAUCUUCAACUAACUUUGAUGUUCCUUCUACUCAAUCAAGAGAAGAUAUGGAGUUUCGUUCUCGGAGUUUCUCACCUGCGGUAGCUGUUUUUGAUGAGCCUGGGCCUUUUAGGGAACAUCUCGCAAGUGACGUGACCUCCAACCGACCGGCUUUACCACCCGACCCUCUCUCGCUAAACUAUAAUCGCUGGUUGUCAGUAUUUUCAUCUGUCAUUGUAAAGAAAGAGAAUCUAGCAAUGAGUGUUGACGCAAUAGGAGAAGGAGCAUUUGGUAAAGUGUAUAAAGGAGAAAUGAAAAUGAAAGACCCGAAUGGAGCUAGUGUUAAUAAAGAUGUUGCUGUUAAAACACUCAAAGCCAAUCCCACUACUGAACAGAUUGAGGAGUUUAUAUCUGAAUCAGCUGUAAUGCUGGACUUUGAUCAUCCUAAUGUACUCAAACUAUUGGGAGUGUGUUUUGAUACUGAGGAUCAACUACCUGUCAUUGUGUUACCUUUCAUGGCUAAUGGCGACCUCAAAUCAUUCCUUAGGAAAAACAGGAAGCAACCAAACGUUAAAUACAAUGAUUUUCCACCAGACUUAAAUCAUGUGAAGCUCUUAUAUAUGUGUCUGGACGUUGCAAAAGGAAUGGAAUAUCUGGCAAGAAAGAAAUUUGUUCAUCGAGACUUAGCAGCAAGGAACUGCAUUGUUGAUCAUGGCCUAUCAGUCUACGUGGCUGAUUUUGGUCUUUCUCGAGACGUGUACAGCAGAGACUACUACAGGAUGGGGGUAAAAGCUGCCAAACUUCCAAUAAAAUGGAUGUCACCCGAAAGCUUAAACGACGGAUUAUAUGGAGAGAAAUCUGAUGUGUGGUCUUUUGGUGUUACCUGUUGGGAGAUAUUCAGUUUAGGUCGUAGUCCUUAUCCAGCUAUCGACAAUGCUGAAGUACUGGAUCACAUUGAAUCUGGAGCUAGGCUUAAGAAACCAGCACUCUGUGAAAAACCAAUGUAUGAAGUGAUGCUGUCAUGUUGGACAUUAGAGCCUGAAGACAGAGCCACAUUCAGUGAGCUAGUGGGUUCCAUAUGCACACUGAUACGAGAGUCCAGCGUUCAAUCGGACGAGCCCUCAAACGAGUACUUCACUCUAGAAGAAACCCUUGACGAAGUCAUCGCUAAAAGAAAAGAACUAACGUCUGCUGCUAGUAAAGACAUAGAAGAGAAUGGAAAGGUUCCACUUGCAGAAGGUCUGGGCAAUGAUCCUAUAGCUGAGCCUUAUUCUGUACCAGUCAGUACGAAUCAUUUUGAUCCAGAUCCAAUGGAAGGGACAGAGGAAGGAGCUAUACUUCCUUAUGCUCAGUUUUUAGAAACAGGGACUGCCCAAGGGACUACAGAUUUAUAUGAAGAAAUAGGAUCAGUAAAACCGUACACAUUGCCAAAUGAGACUAGUACCAAUAAUUAAGAAAUAAAAUAAAUGCAUAUUUAAUAAGUGGAAUUGUGUGUUGUGUUUAUGUUUGGUGUGUACUUUUAAUGAUCUGCUUUUGAUAGUUUUAA